AUGGAAAUGGAUGCAACAACUGCAAUUGAGCUUCUUGACUCCCAGUCCAGAGUUUGGGAUCACUGCCUAGGCUACAUCAACUCGAUGACCGUCCACUGCGCAAUCGAGCUGGGGAUCGCAGACGCGAUCCACAGCCACGGCCAGCCCAUCCCCUUGGGGGAGCUGGCCGCGGCCCUCAACAUCUCUCGAGCCAAGGCUCCGUUCCUCUCGCGCCUCAUGCGCAUGCUCGUCCACCUGGGCUACUUCGUCCAGGUGGAGCAAGAGGAUAAACCACAAUCGGGGCUCGAAGGAGAAGGUUACUGGGUGGCGCCCCUGUCUCGACUGCUGCUGAAGGACAACCCCUUCAGCACCAGGUCGAUCAUCUUCUGCUCCAACCACCCCAACGUGGUGGAUCCUUGGCGCCACAUGAGCGCUUGGUUUCGAGCCGACGACGACGAUGCGGUUGAUAAACAAGGUGGCAAGAAGAUCUACGAGGUGUGUUCCGAGGACCCGCCGUUCGCCCGGCUGUUCUCCGAGGCGAUGGCGGGGGACAGCUGGCUGUUCAGCAGAGCCCUGGUGGCCAAGUGCAAGGAAGCAUUCGAUGGCGUGAGCUCGCUUGUCGAUGUCGGGGGCGGUACAGGCAACACGGCUAAGGUCAUCGCCGAGGCCUUCCCCGACAUUCGUUGCACCGUGUUUGAUCUCCCUCAUGUGGUUGCGGAUGGGUCGAAACAAACCCAUCCCAACCUGAACUACGUUAGCGGCGACAUGUUUGCCGACGAUAUUCCUCAGGCCGAUGCCGUGCUCUUUAAGUGGGUGCUAGUUGACUGGGGGGAUGAAGCAGUCUCGAAAGUGUUGAAGCACUGCAAGGAUGCGUUGACCAGAAAUGGAGGGAAGGGGGGGAAGCUGAUGAUCGCCGACCAUGUUUUGGGGCAUGAGAGCUGCAACGACAGCCGUUCGAUGGGAACGUCGUUGGUCGUGGACAUGUUAUUCAUGUCGUUUCUCGAGGGUUGUUUGAGGACUGAGAAGCAGUGGGCGAAGCUGUUCUCAGAUGCUGGUUUUAACAACUACAAGAUCACUCCGGUCGGCGGGCUGCGAGUUCUCAUCGAAGUUUAUCCCUAG